GACUAAUGAUUUUAUAAUACGAAACGGAGAUCCAAAAUGUCAAAACAGUUCCCCGGAAAAUCAAUAUCCAGUCGGUCAUCAUCCUCUUCAACUUCAACGCCGAUCACCGUCGGAGAGCCCAUCAUCGCCAUGAAACUGCCUCCGUUCCUACAAUCCCUCUUCCUUCUCUCGAUCUGCUCAGUCCUCCUCCAAUGCCUCAGCUCACAAGCCGCUUCCGCCACCUCCAUCAUCUCCCCUGCUAAGGUCAGGCAGGUCUCCUGGAAUCCUAGGGCGUUCGUGUACCAAGGCUUCCUCACGGAGUUGGAGUGCGACCACUUGAUCUCUCUCGCGAAGUCGGAGCUGAAGAGAUCUGCUGUGGCGGACAAUCUGUCCGGGCAGAGCAAGCUCAGUGAAGUUCGGACGAGCUCCGGGAUGUUUAUCCCAAAGGCCAAGGAUCCUAUUGUUGCUGGAAUAGAAGAGAAGAUAUCUACAUGGACCUUUCUUCCAAAAGAAAACGGAGAAGAUAUUCAGGUGUUGAGAUAUGAAUAUGGCCAGAAGUAUGAUCCGCACUAUGAUUACUUCACCGACAAGGUAAAUAUUGCUCGUGGUGGACACCGCUUGGCAACUGUGCUCAUGUAUCUUACUGAUGUCGAGAAAGGUGGGGAAACAGUUUUUCCAAAUGCAGAGGAACCUCCACGACGAAGAGCCUCAACCACAGAUGAGGAUCUAUCGGAUUGCGCAAAGAAGGGUGUUGCAGUGAAACCGCGAAGAGGUGAUGCCCUCCUCUUCUUCAGCCUCCUCCCGGAAGCCGUGCCUGACCCGAACAGCCUCCAUGCGGGCUGCCCUGUCAUCGAAGGUGAGAAGUGGUCAGCCACCAAGUGGAUCCAUGUUGAUUCCUUUGACAAGAUCGUGGGGGCAGGCGAGAACUGCACUGAUCUGAACGACAGUUGUGAGAGGUGGGCAGCCCUAGGAGAGUGCACCAAGAACUCAGAGUACAUGGUUGGGAGUGCUGAGCUUCCCGGGUACUGCAGGAGAAGUUGUAAGGUCUGCUAGAAAACAGAAUUGGCUUCCACAUUAUUUUGUUCGCUUUUUAUGUACUUAUAAAAGGAUCAGUUCAUCUUGUACUUGUUACAUCGACAGAGAGAGGGGGAGAGAGUGUGUGUCGUGCGGGCUUGUAGCUUUUGUGGCCUUUUCGACGUUGAAUAAUAUAAUCUCAAUCCUUUCACCUAGUCAGUUUGUAACUACAGUCUUCACUUGUUAUACGAACAUCCCGAAUUGAGAUUCUCA